GCCCAACUGCCUGGUGUGCUUUCAUGGUGAAGUUCUUUCAAGGUUACGAACUUUGUUUCUGGGAGGAACAGUCAGUGGCCGAGCGAGUGAGCUUCUUGGUUCUGCGCGCUGGAUCAAAGACUCCUCGUCGCAGACGGAAGUUGGCCUUUGCUGAACAGGUGGGAACAGUUUCUUUGCCGACAGAUCCCGAAACAUCCGAUCCAGAGAGUGCAGUCCGGAAGGGAGCGCAGGCGUGGGCCAAGUCCAAGAAGUUGAUUCUUGGCACCUGGUCCACCCCGAGAUUUUGUCCUGACGACAAAUACCGGCUGACAGCUCGAUGCCAUCGAUGCCAGAAAUGCUUUGAUGCUGAAGGUACGGUAUUCCAAUUCACUGGUCGCUUCCAGGGCGUUCAAGAUACCAUUUUGGAACUUUCGGUGUCAAAGGAUGGGACAUGCAGCGGGGAACCACGUGUUCUACGAGCACAUGCAGGCAGAGAUGAGGCGGAAGAAGUCACUGCAGAAGGCCGGCAAGCAGUGCAUGAGGCAGCGGACAACUUGCUAGAGACCGGUCGGCCUGCUACAGCUGGCAGUGUGAAGAUGAAACUCGGUGAUCAAGCUCAAGCGCUGCAAAUAUCAGCCAGGAAAAUUCGUAACCUGUUGCGAUCGAGGAAAUUCUCGCAUGGCGGAGCCAAGCGGCGCUUUUCUGAAAGCGUCCGGGACUUCAAGAGCUUCUUGGAUACUUUGGAUGGCAGCAUGUUGUCGGUGCCGGUGCUUCAGUUCGAUCCAUUCUUUGCUUAUGUAGCACUCCUGGAGCCAUUCUUGAAUCGCAUUGCAGAGCUGAAGCCGGCACGGAUAUCCAUCUGCGCUGAUUUUACCUUCAACUUCACACACAUGAAUUACGAGUACGGCCUGAUUUGCACGAACCAUGAUCGUUUGCGCGCCUUUGUAUCUGAUCAUUCCAUGAGGUGCAUGUGCGUACCGCAAGCUGAAGCAGCGUUGGCGGCGGUCUACUUGGACGAAGACAAGCAGCCGCCGCACAUGGAAGGUGGCAAGCUUUGGGCAUUCUUGGGUCUGCAGUCUCGCUUGAUAUUUGCACCUUCAGAAAGCUUCUUCCACGUUUGCAUGGUUUCGGCAGAGGGCCAGAUUCUCACAGCGCACUGGUGGAGUGGGGCUGGUAGCAGCCACCAGUAUCAACCUCUUCCUCCUGCUAGCCAACAGCCGGCCGAGCAGAUGAAUGCGAAGUUCAAAAGAGACAUCCGGAGGUUCGGGCCGCUGAAAACGCAUCGAGAUGUCCUGGACAUGUUGACCAAAUGCUUGAAAAUGUGGACUGCUCCGUUGUCGCCCAGCGAUGCUCAGACCGAUUGCCCUUUGACACUGAUGGGUGCUAGUGAUAGUGGCCAUGAUGGCUUGCGGUUCUCCUACCCGUUGUCCCCUGAUGGAUGGAUGUUGAAUGCCGAAGGAUGCGUGAUGCGACCGCCUUUCAUGGACAAGGUUGUCAAGUUUCCCGGGAUCCCGAAAGUUCUUCACCAGAUGAAGAAGAACCGGAAACGUUUUCCACACCAAGAGAUGAAGCGUGGCGACACCAGGUGGAUGGCUAUGGCGUUGACUUGCUCCAGCGAGCCGCCAGCUGGCAUAUGUGAGCGCAUGCGCAAGCAACUUAUCACCCGAGAUAUCGUCGCGGUCAAGGUGUUGUGCCCCGAAAUCCACAACGAGGAGCUGCUGCCAGAAGCCCUUCUGAGGAGGCAACGAACCCACGAGCCCGAAAGAGAGCUCGUUGACGAUGAGUGCCACGUGGAGCUUCAUCAUGUGGCAUCACGUGUUGCGCUUUCUUUGGGUCAGUGUGAUUACCGCCCUGAAGGUUGGGCAGAAAGUGCUGCAGAACGAGCCGCACCGGCACUUUCAGUGGACAAAAGCUUGCGACCUUUUCAAUCAGUGGUUGCAUGGCCGCUUCAUCCCUUGGCCUCUCCAGCCUCUCCUGUCUCCCAGGAUUCACAGAUGGACAGUUUGCAGUUGCAGGUGUCCAUGGAGGAUCAGAUCGCCAGCUCUCUGGGACCCACUCAGGAUGCCACACGUGUUGCCGCGGCUUCUCCUGUGUCACAGGAUUCAUACGACGUGUUCAACUUGGAUGCUUCACAGGACCGUUACCCCACCUUGGCUCUUCUGCUGGACCUGGUCAACAACGCCAUCGCAGAUUUUGAAAAAAGUACGAUGCA